AUGGCAGGGCAGCUUGCCGGGUUUGUAGUCGGGAGCUGCUCAACAUUGGUGCACCUCAACAUCAACGUUAAAUCGCUCAUUGCAGCAACUCUCCAAUUCGCACGAUUGGUGAUCGAUCACGACUAUAUCAGCGCCAACGGGAUCAACCUCGUAGUGCAAGACUCGACGCGGAACCUCGUGGACAGAUGGAGAUCCACGUUAGAACGUGCUUUCUCCUCACUUCAUACACGGAACCUUCUACACAUCCAAUUCCGGUACUCCAUGUGUCCAGGUUCAUCGGCAGAAUGGACAGCCCCUAGCCCCGACUCGUGCGGGCAUCCCUCUCCUCCAAACCACUUCAUCUUUUCUCUAGAUGGACAUUGGGCGGCUAGCGUAGCGUUUUCAUGGAUCAAGAUCGCCGACUGGUGGUCUAUAAUGCUCAUAAUCUGGGAUAUUCGCAGCGGCGCCUGUGCACCGGAAGAAUCCCUCACCUACGGUGACCUUCGGGAGAUGGGACACAUCAAGCCUCCUAGCGGACCACAGGAAUUCCUCGCCGCAAGCUGGUCACCGGACAGCGCCCAAAUCCUUGUGCUGGUGACGACGAUGGAAAUCCAAAUAUGGGACGCGGAGAGUCUGGUCCACGGUCCUCGGCCCGAAUCUCAUCUCUCUGUAUCUCCCGACGGCCGGUUCGCCUUGGUUCGCCAGCGCGUUUACCAGUCCCGGCCCGAUAACCAUAACACGACGAACAAAUUCAGUGAUAGCGUCAACGCCGUGAACUUAAUGUCGGACCAACCCCUUCCUUUCCUCCUACAUCUCCGUCAACCCCACCAUUCCAGCGACAGCCUAUUCCAGGCCGUUCUGCGACACGAAACCAAGAACGGCGAAGGCUCUGUUCUACUCGCAGUCACCAGAGCCGGCGCGCUUUUGGUCGAAUCCAGUCCUAGUGCGCGCGGCGACGACCCUCCCUCUUCUAUGAAGCUGGCGCAGGCACUUCCCGACGGCUGGAAGCCGAGGGCGCUGUCCCAGGACGGUUCUCGUGUCCUGUGCUUCCGAGCCAACUCCGGGUCGGAUUCUACGUAUGCCGGGUCGCUGUGCGUAGUCGACGCUGCGACCGGAAGGCCGCUGUCGGGGUCUUUCGAGGUCGAGUCCUCCCGGGGAAUCUUUGUCGAUGGCAGCGUCAUUCACCCUCGAUAUCAUUUUGCGCCAACUCAACCCACUGGCACAGGGCGCCGGCGCCCUCCGUGGUAUUGGAGCACUCUCCGCGGUCGCCUUUACCGCGUCCCAGCCCUCGAGGGAAAAACAAUUCGCCAACUGGUGGUCACGGACGACGGAUCGAUGGUCGGAUGGUCGGACUGGCACGGAGGAGUGCACUUCGAGCGCAACGAAGGCGAUGUGAUCCCGGCAGACGAUACGUGA